AUGGCGAAAAAAACAACCACAGAAAGGGCCGAUAAAACGGACAAGCCUGAGAAAGGAAGUACAUCUGGUGAGAAAGGAGCAGGAGAUAAAACACCCGUGGAAAAUGCGAAAGAAAACGAGGAACAGCCAGUUGAAUUAGGCGAGUAAAUGUAUUGUGGUGUACACGAAAUGAAUUUACAGUACUUUUUUAAAAGUUCGAUAUCUGUUCGAAUUUCCUUGAUAUUUAGUGGCAAUUAUAUCUUCAUUUGUAUCGUCUAGUAUUUUACUUGCUAAAAUUUCAACCAAGUCGUGGAUUGAUCCCAUUAAUUACCGGUAAACAAACCUGCAGUGUUACACUGGUAUUUUGCUCAAUAUGAAAACAAAAUAUCGUGACGUACGGUUCGUCAGUUGGAUUGAAAAUUAGUUUUUCAGCUGGAGAACUGAAUGACAACUAACAAAAUAUCCUUUUAUCAGAAAGCGUGUGACUAACCUUUGUUUUUUGUUUCCUAAAAUUUUAAUUGAACCCACCUAGUGUCACAAAUAGUUUUGUGCAGAAAAAUUAAUGGUCCGAAUGGUCAAGGUACAGUCAAAAUCUGUCCUUCCCAGAAAAGAUAUAAAGUCUAUAAGUUUGUGAAAAUCCAGAAAAACUACUUAUAUGGCUUAUCGUAUUUUUUUCCAAUUUGGUGGGCUUGGCUUGUAUUAUUUAAUUCCCUAGUGAGUGUUUUAUUAUGACUUCCUGUGUUUGUUGAAAUGCGCUCAUCAGUUCAUUUUCAAUUCUCCUCUCUUGUCAUCGUUUGUUGACCUUUUACUUCAGGAUAUAAAAGCCUUUUCUUUUGAAUUUGAAUCUUUCAAAACGUAUUUAUGUAGUUAGGGACACGGAUUUCGUGUUUGGAUAAAUGCUGGCCGUUCAAACCGUGUUUAAAGCUUCUAGAAGAGUACAAUGUUCGCCACUCUUCGAUCGGUAUCGCGGAUGAAGCGCGCGCUUAAGAAAUCUGAAAGAGGCAACAGCGCGCGACCAUCGAUUGCGGUGGAAAUUGAAGAAGAAGAUUAUUUAAGCACUUUUAUGUGGUAUGGAGGUAUGGAUGGUUUCGUUGAUAAGUAUGCACGUGUUAGAGAUAUCUAAAGUCUUGUCACGCGAACGUUUUAAACAUUGGGCAAAUUUACAAUUCAAUGUAAUUUUUAACGCUAAUACCAUGUGAAUCUUUAUGUUGGGAGAGCUCAAGCAGAGUGUUGUUGUUGUUGUUGGUUGCAGCUGAUUUUUUGUUGGUGUGCAGCUACAAGGGGUCAUGCGAGUCAAUUCACUCAGCUCUUGGCUGUUUGCUUUACUGAUUGAGUCUGAUCCUCCAGUCUACAUGUAAAGACAGUAGUCUUUUUGCAUUGUAGAUCUCAUGGAUUGUCACUUGUCCACCAAAUGUUUGAAAACUGUAUGUGUUAUGUAAGGUGAUGUACACAUUGAUAAACAGAGCUGUCAUUAAGGGCUAUAACCUGGGGGUGGGGGGUACUUCUUUAUAAGAGGCUAAUGGGGAUGUGCCGCUGGAUGGAGUGGCAUCUCACGACUGGAUUGACUUUAAUGGGGUCGCAUUUUCAGUAGAGUUACUAGAAUGGGGUCGCACAUUUUCCCUUUUAUUAGGUAACAAAGUUCUUCUUCUUUAUGGUUAGCAAAUGUACCAGAAUGUUUGUACUGUAGGUGAAAAGUGUUCUUCAUUCAAUUUAAAAAAUGGGUCAAUUCAUUUUAAGAUGACCUAUGUAAAAUAUUGAUAAGGUAGAUACAUAAAUAAAAGGUGACUAAGGCAAAACAAGGGUUUGAGGUCACAUUCAGGAAUCCAAUAUUCUGAGGACCUCUUGUGGGGGAGGGGUACUCCUAUAUACGUGCUAGAUAGGCAUGAGCCUCCUGAUAGGGUAUGGUUUCAUCCUGGUGGGGGGGGGGGGGGGUAGUCCUUUAUAUGGCCUAUACGGGGAUGUGCUGCUGAACAGGAAAUAGUUUUUUACCUGUCUGUCCUAAACAGGGUUUAUAAUUUCAUAUGAGUCUGUCCUAAACAGGGUACAUGUAUAAUAAUUUUGUGUGAGUCUAUCUUGAACAGGGUAUAUAAUUUUGUGUGAGUCUGUCAGCCUGCACAAAUGAUUUGAUUUGCUAGAUGAAUUUCUGUUGUACUCCAAGUAUACAAAGCAGCGACGAUAAAUUAUGUGAAUUUGCUCUAUUGCAAUUGCCAAUAAAUGGCUUUAAAACAGGACCAUGUGCAUUUUGUCCUUUGCCCUAAACAGGGUAUGUGUUUUAGGAAUUUGUUGUCCUAAACAGGGUCAGGGUUUCAAACCCUCAGUGGCUCCCUUAUACCCAAAUAUUGGUUGAAUACUCCUCCCCCCACCACAGGAGUUCCAUAGGGUAUUAUUUUUGCCCUUGUUGGCAUUGUAUGUUCCCAGUGUGAUCCUUAGAAAGGGUGCCCAAAUUGUAUCAGCUAAAAUUGAAAUGCAUAAAUACCCGGCAGCUACAUGAAAUUAUCAUUGUCAAAGUGAGUUAAUGAAGGUUUGUGUGUUGCCAUUAAAUUUGUAUAUUUUGUCUUUCCCUUGAAGAGGAGUCUUUUUCAGGUUUGGGACUUAAAUAGGGUAUCAGGUUUCAUUAAUCCUUCAAUAGGGUCAGGGUUUAAGACCCUGGGCGGCACGCACCUAAGCGUGUCUGACCUAUCUGAAAUUUAUGGGAAUACUCCCCUCCCAGCAGUGAUCUAACCAACUAGACCCUGCUAUGAUAACCUGUGGUCCUUGAGCAGUAGCAAAUCUGAUGCCAUGGGACUGUACCACUGAGCCUGUGUGACUCUGGAACUGUUACAGGCAAAACAAAGACAAUUUGGAGUGGGGGAGGGGCGGGGUAUUUUUGGAUGAAAAUGGUGUGGGUGCUCAUCAUGCACACUCUACCUCUACCUCUACCUCUACUCUACCUCUACCCUGUAUGUUUUACAGGGAUAAUGUGCAGUCUUUGACUUUGUCUUUAAUGAAAACCUCUAUAAGGCUGUCUCCUCUCUCGAACAAUGUAGUCCCAGAGAUGGUCCCAGCUGUUCAGCUAUCACCACUGAAAAUGUAUCAGUUAUAUAGAACUAGGCAUGAACUUGCAUUGUUUGGAACUCAGGCAGAAACAGGGACAUGUUAAGGAGAAGGACAUGUUCCAAAGUGGAAGUGGACAAGUGAACAAGGACAAGUGUUUUGGACAAAUGUUUUGUGUUUAAACUUUUUAAUGGAGUGCAUGUACAUUGUUUUGGUAGUAAUACAGCUGUAGUAGUGAGAAUUAAGCUUAAUUCUGUUGCUAAAUUAGUUGAAACCCAUUAGUAACAUGGACUCUGUACAAACUUGAAAAGAAGCUGUUGCAAGUUUUCUACUCCUUCUGGAGCAACUCUCAUUUAUUGUAAUGAAAUACUCAGUGAUCACUUGGGGCCCAGUACAGUUACAUAUAUAGUUAUUUUUUUACCUUAAAGUCUGAUGAAGUAUUAUUCUUGACACUGAGUAAUGUUUUGAUAAAAGUCAGGUAAAAUUCACAUAUUUAGGAAUAUCAUAUUAGGACUACUAAUAAUUCUGAACAUUUAACUGUGAAUUGGUGCUGAGUCUCAAUGAUAAUUAAAGGCAGAUUUUUCUCUCAUUAGUUUCACUAUUAAAAGCUUUUUAAUUGCUUAACUAGAAGGUCUUUUGCAGUAAUCCAUUUAAGCUUCUAUAAUCCUCCCCAAGAUUAUUAUUUAUUAUUUUUCUUCCAAGUAAGAAAAAUUUUGUUUCUUAAGUGUUCAUCAAACUAAUUGCUUUGCAAUCACAAUGAAAAUGUGUUUUAUGUUAAUUUGAUGUUUCCCUUUUGUGCUAAGUUCUAAAGAGGUUCUAUGUUGAAUGAAAAACACUUAAUGUUAUUAUUGUACAAAGUAUGUAAUAAAUAUUCAUUUGGAUCUUUGAACGCUUAUAGAUCUAGAUGAAAUGAACAUUAUGAGUGAAGAUAGAAGGAUCACAGAUAAAAAUCAAUAGGGUUUCAUUUUUAUGUAUCAUACCUUUACUUUAGGUAAUUCAUUAACCACUCUUUAAAUUUUUCUGUAUGGUAUAAUUCUCCGAAAUCUGAGUAAUUAUAUGGAGCUAUUGAAUCCAUAAAAACAGUGGAAAAGAAUUUUUUUUCUACAUGUUUGGCUGCUAAUGAGUCAUUAGUGACAAUAAAUCAGCUUAGAUUAUGUUUGUUUGUUUGUUGGUCACAAGACCCAAAAAUUAUUUUUGGCACAAAAUCAAAGAUACAAAUGAAUUAAGGUUGCAUGCUGUAAUGUUAUUUGUCAUUAAUAUGGAGGCCAUUACAGAGAUUCCAGAAACAGAACCAAGUUCUUCUGAAAAUGGUGAUUUUGUGAACUUGAUCGAUUUAUUUACUUUAAAUGACUUAAUUGUUCGUUACCACUAACUUUGCAAGAUCUUUUGAUUUCUCCCGUAUGUUUUAAGUCUUUAAUGUUUUUGUGUGAGAGAGUUAUAAUUUCUUGUCAUCUUUUAUAGUAAUUACUUUCAAUGGAAAUUACUAAGUGCUUCAACCAUCAGAUGCAAGUGCUCAAAGAAAUGUCGAUUGAUCUAUCAUAGCUAUAACUGCUUGUGGAUCUAAUCUGAAUUGCAUAUAGUAAAUUACAUAAAUUUGGUGUUGCUCACGGUCUUCAAGUUAGAUAAACAACUUUUAAGAUUUUUUUUAACUGAACGUUUAGAAUAGGCUGAAGUGACCAUAAUAAUGUUUGUUUUAGUUAAUCUUCAGCUAAUCUCUAAAUCUCACUUGACAUGGCGUCAAAUUGUUUACCCUGUGGUGACAGCGCAGGUGAAAGCAUUAUUUACUGUUCCAAAGCUAUUUUUAAUCAGGCUUGAACUAGAAUACUAAAUCUCUCUUGUCGCCAAAAUUAAGAACACAAGAACUGGUCACAGCUCGAUUGAUAGUUAUGUAGUUUGCAGACCCUGCAGCUUACAAAUCCUUCAGUCAGCAGGACAUUUUUAAGGUUGUUUAGAACUAGAGACUAGUUUAGAACUGGAUACUUGAAAUUCUGUUUUUUUCUUAUAAAAAGGAAAAUGUAAUAUUGACAACUGUAAGUGCAGUCUAAUGAACCUAAGCUGCUGCUUUUGUAGAUUUAACAAAAGUUAGGGAUCUUACACAAUCCAACUGAGCCCUGUUAUAACAGCAUGCCCAUUCAAGUUGCAAAAGGUUUGUUUUAUAAUUUCUCAAACUCCAUAACGUUCAUUGCAGACAACGCAUACCCAUGAAUAACAAAGUGAGUGUAGUUUACAUGCUUCAAAAAUUUUUGGACGAUUGUAGAAUACUUGAUUGUAAUACAACAACUCAGUCUAGAAUAUCACUCUGAUCGUAAAGUGCCAUGACAAUCUAUCUUUUGUCAAUUCAUCACCUGAUUGACUGAUUACAUGUUCAUGCCAUAAAGUUACAGUAAUUGAUUGAGACUCCUCAAAUUCUCCUUUAAGUCAGAUGUAACUUUUGGUCCAGCUGAAGUUCAAGAAUUGUUGUCCCUAGAAACUACUAUAGAUUAUAUGUAUGUAAAACUUGUUAGGACUUAAGUGAGUCUAUGCCAAAAUUGUUUAGCCUUAUUUACUGUUGAAACUCCAGGGUCAUCUAGCAAGUUUCUACGUAUAGAAAAACUGUAGGACCGGAAUUACAGUGUAGCCUAAAGCUCUACCUUUGAAAUCUAGCAUGUCCAGCAUACAAUUAAUGUAAAAAGAAUUUAAUAAGAUUUCCUGGUUACUAAGGGCAAAAGUGAGCUGCCAGGGACUUAUCUGGGAUUAAGUACUAGUGCACCGUCACGCACUGCAUGUUUCCUUUUAUUAGUAGGUAAUCCUGUACAUGUACAUCACUGCGGUGGAUUAAGUCACCUUUGCUGCCUGCAUUUCACUGAGGGUGGAAGGCAGCAGUGUAAUAAGCUGCAGUCCACAUCGCAUGAAUGUAGACAUUGAUCCCUCUUUAAGACAUGUUAAAUUGUAUGCCGAUUUAUUUAAAAUCUGCUGUAAAAUAAUCCCAUUUUUCCUCGUACUGCAGAGCCAUACACACCAACUGGUAACUUUGAAGUGGAUUUCUGUGAGUUAUGUACAAGAGCAGGUAUUCCCACUAUGCAGGUCGUUCCUCGUCCUCAUCGUCCACCAACACCCAGUGUCAUUCCACAGGACAGCACACCAGUGGGCAAGCAGGAUAAGAAAGAUGGUAGGUGUGUGAUCUUAAAGGUGUGCGUGCAGUCAACAUUUUGUUAGAUGGGUAUUAUUGGGCCUGGCAUUGAGUGUCUAUCUAAGGGCACUUACCAUUUGUCAGAUUACUGGCUGGCUAGGAAAAGGGUAUCGACUGUAUACCUUACCCUUAUGCUUUGGGGCCGAAAACUGUAAUCUCAUAGCUAUGAUUGUUAACUCCUGGCUUGAUUCCCUUUAAAAAUUGGGGGGUCACAGUUUGUCCCAAAAAAUGUUGAAAACACACCUGAAUGGAACCCAUGUAUUUCUUUUGUGGGUAUGUCUUGGUGCCUUUUAAGGAUGAAAAUUUCUUUUAACCAGUAGUAAAAAAAGAAUUGUAUACACUGUUUUCAUCAAUUUUUUAACUCAAGGUAACACCCUUAGCAUCCUUAAAGCAUGUACAAUGGGUGUUUUAUGAGGGAGCCUACUCUCUCCAGUGAAAUCAUCCACUUGCAAAAUUAAACUCCUUCAAGAAUUUAAGAUACGGGUUGAAUUAUUUUGUUAUUAAUUUUCAACAGCCGAUAAAUCAAAAGAUGACAGUAGUAAGACUGAUGAGGCAGGAAUGGUUUCUGGUGAACUUGAAGAGCCACCGACAACAUACACCAUCAAAGAAAAAUAUCAUUACUUUAAGCCCAGAGUGGAAGUGGAAACUGAAGAGGAGGGUAAUAAAUCCCAUAUCAAGGAAAUCUACAUUCGAGGUGAGCUAGAACUGUCAAAUUUGAUUGAGCCAUUUAUUUUCAAGAACCUUAAGGUUGUAAACUGUGGAGAAGUUUCAGGACCUCUUCUUCUUGAUCUAACUUACCGGUACAGGAAAAAGUUAUUCUUCUAAUUUAAAAAUAAACUUUAAACCCAGUUAUUUCAAACAAAAAACAGCGUGUUCACUCUGUUGAUGAAGUGUACAUGUAGUACUUUUUUUUUUCACUCCACUUCUCAUGCAGUGUGCUUCACCAUGUUCACAGCCGUUCCUUGAGUUUGUCACGCAUGCAAUGCUCCUUCCACAACUGGUUGCUAAGAACGGAACCACAUUCCUUUCCUCGUAUUAUCCAAUCAGGUUUCAGCUUCCAUUUUCUGGAAGGUGUUCAUGCCACGUUUACAGUUCGGUGACUCCUUGAUUGGUCACUUCUUGUGUAGGUGCGUGACUUCCUAUCUGUCUAAUGGGUCUGUUACAAAGUACCUGGUGGUUAUAACAGACACCUCAGUCUGAAUUAUUAUGGUAAAAAAAAAAAAAAAAAGAAUUUACCAAUAACUACAGUCACUACAUGUUCUGUAAUUAAUUAAACCUCUUCUCCAUGUAGGAUGGAAAAUAGAUGAAAGAAUUUUAAACAUUUUGACUAUAACAUUGCCACCACUGGAGAAAUUGACCACAAUUGAGUAAGUUGGUAAAAUAGUUGAAACGUGCUUGUAACUAUAUUAAAAGUGAUUUACAUUGCUAUAAGUAUCACUUUAUCAUAAUAACUGUUAAGUUUCCAGUUUUAAUUGAUUUUAUGUUUAGUUUAGUUAUUCACCUAAAGGUAUAUGAUCCCCUUUUCUGCACAUAAAAAAAACGUUUAUUAAAAUACUCUACAGCAUCACUAGCUUCCCACGCAGAUGUUCUUAGGGGUUCAUCACACAUUCCUGCCCCUGUGUGACAAGCCAAAAUAUCAUCUGAAUGGUAUUCUACAGCACCUCAAUACAUGGCAUUGUGUAACAUUGCAUGAUGUACAUUACAUUUACAUUACAUCACGCUACAAACACUAACACUAAAGCUAAACCUUCUCAACAAUAAAUGAGUGCGCAGCAUCGUUAAAGGUGACUGUGAGACUGGUAGAAUCAGGAAGUACCGGUAGAUUCCAAGCAAAGGGUAACAAUGACAUGCAUCUCUUGUACUACUAUUUACCCAAGAGGUGAAGGGAUAAACAAAAGGCAAUAAAGGCUUCAAAAAGCAGAUAACUAGUAAACAAUGUGACCAAAUUUCUUUUGCUUCCACUGAAGAGCAGUAGAUGCCUAUUUACAGGAGAGAUGAAACAUCAUCUGUCAUGUGAAGCAGGAUGACUGUUGGCCAACAUUGUUUCAAGUUAUACUUACUCAGGGCUCGAAAAAAUCGUGAAUUCUAGCUUGUGCUUGUGCAAGCAUCUCCCACAUUUUGUUUGCCUGGAACCACUUCAUCCUCUAUUUUAGGAUGACGUGCCUGGACCCUACCCCAUUGGACAAGACAUGCGUUAAAAGUUACCCUCCCAGCAUAAAAAUCUACUUGUCCCUAACUACCAGAGGAGACUUUUCUCGAGCCCUGUUAGCCACAGUCAGUGAAUUCAUGUGUUAGCGAGUUGGACUCUUUAGAAACGAUAAGGUAAUUGGAACCGAAAUGCGUCCUGCAAUUGUUUCUGGGAUUGUUACUGGGGAGGCGCCUGUCAGCUAUUGGCUAGACUACGAGCAGUCUCCUCUUUUUUCUUGGUCCGUCGAGCAAAACGCCCGAGACACGCAAAUGACCACGCGCGUGAAAGAAGUCGCGAGACGGGAGAGGCUUUUUUCUUCUCGGGCUGCCGCCCUCGUUUCUCGCAUCUCGCGGCUUCGCCGCUCAACGCUCGCGCGCGCAACACUCGCGUGCGCGUGUCCUGCCCUUUCUAAAUCUGAAGAACAAGAGAGACUGCUCGCAGUCUAGCUAUUGGCUAAUUUUUUCCCUCUCCCUAGUAACAGUCCCAGAAGACUUUGUGAACUUUUACUUGUUCUAGUUUCCUUUCUUCUCGUUUCUAACAUGGCAAAUUCCAAGUGCAGAGAAUAACCCCUGUUAACACUUGACUUUAGGUUGUCGCUGUUUACUGUCUGAUUAACUUGUCCCUUCAGUUGAAUGGCUUUCUUAGUUGUACUAACAAGAUAUGUAAUAUUGUGUUUUCUAUCUCAUUAGUUUUUGGAACACUGGUCUUCAAGACAACAGCCUGAAUACCUUAGCAUCUAUUGCCUCGUCUCACCUACCCAAUCUUAGGUAUAUAGAUGUUUUAAGUAACGCACGUCAACCGGAAUUGAGGCGUUUUCCCUUUUUAUAUGUCUUGAAGCUACCAAAUUUGAUUUAGAAAGUUUCUUCACUCUCAUAGAGAUGAUUUGUAGGAAAAUUUUGCCAAAAACAAUGCUCAAGAAUGCAAAAAGUCUACUUCCAGUUGAAGUGUGUUCCUCAAUAACUUAUAAGCCCAAUAUGCUCCAAAAUCAUACUAACGAAGGAAAAGGAAAGGAGAAAAAGCGAGAAGGAAGAAAAGAGGAGAAGAGAAAAAAGCAAUGGUUGCACUCUUAGUUUUUAUAAUGGCUACUUUGGAGAUAAUGUUUUGGCCUGUUUGACACAAAAGGUGCAUUUGGUGGUAAACGUUUUCAAGAAAUGUAGCUUCUGUUUCUUUGGUUUCUUUGAGUUUUUAAAUUAUUAUUAAUUUUAUGGACAAUUAGAGGUGUACUUAUUGUCAAAGGAAAAAUUUAAAGAAUUUUAAUUUAAUGAAAGACUUUUUUAGAGAGUUGUAGAAGAUUUUCAGAAUAUGUUUAGCAUUACAUGUUGCAAGUUGAGGGCUGGGUAACAAAACCACAUUAUAACAUAGCUAGAAAAUUCGCCUAAUCAAAUUCAAUAGCGCGAGCGUGCUUCAUAUUCCUAUUGAGCACGCUGAUGACGUCAAUAAACUAUUCGUAAUUCCUCGAGUUGUUGUGAGCUUAGCAAUCCUGAGUCUCAUGAGUGCAUCCAUAACUCGGCAGUACACGAUAAAAAGUUUACCAUGUGUUUUAUAAGGAAAUUUAAGAGGAAACGUUUGAAUUUGUUAACCGAUAGUAAGGAAAAGAGGUGAGUGCUGUUGUUGUUGUUGUUGUCAUCUCCGCGAGCUGUGCAGACUAUGGCGUGAGAUCAUUCUUUGCAAAGUUGUUUUCUCUCAAUAACAAUUUUUCGAUGAAUUAAUAGUCUUCCGGCACCUAAAUAUAGAUUUUACAAUCAUUUUAGAGUUCACUUUCUCUCAGUUUCAGGAUAAAAACAUAAGCUUAACUGUGAGGAAAAAAAUAUACUCACGUAAACAUUGACGCGUACUGCUUUGAGCGCGCCCUACAAUAAUAAAAUUUUAAGUUAACUGGUGCAUUGAUCGCUUUGAUAAUGUUAUAAAACAAUUAGUUCAUGCUGCAGCUGUGCGUAUGUCGAGAUAUUGAGCACUUGGGAAGUUUGGAGAGCACUCAAGAGGCUAGAGUUGCACUCGGCUGCGCCUCGUGCAACUCUUACGCCUCUUUCGUGCUCUCCAAACUUCCCGCGUGCUCAAUAUCUCGACAUACGCACGCUGACGCAUGAACUAAUUGUUAAUUAACAACUGGGCAGAUGUCAAUGAGUGCCAGGAGGUGAUUUUGUUUAUAUUCUGUUUCAAUUUACAGAACUUUAUGUCUUGAUAACAAUCCUGUCACUCUUCAACGAUAUGGAGUCUUUCUUGGCGAAGAAAGCACGUAAGAUGAUGUUUUAUAAACCUUUGAAAUAUUUUCAGCAUGCUUGGGACGUCGUGGUGUUUUCACAGUAAUUUUUCCAACAAGAUUGAAGCCUAGUUAAAGCCCAGCAAAAGAUAAAGAAAACGAGGAAGAAUAGCGAAAAAAAAAGAAGUAAAACAAACAAACAAAACAAGUAACCCAACAAAAGUUAUAAAAAUCUAAAAGUUGUAUUGUUGCACCAAGAAACAAAUCAAAAUGUAGCUUAAAGUUCGACUUGGAAACAUCACGAUCAGUAUCAAAAUGUUUAUCGUCAUUCAAAUGUUAAGCGAGCCCUUUUAACUUCUUGGGUACUUUGCUUGUUUCUGAGUUUAUAGUGACGAGAAAGGGCUUGACCAGCUUCAAACAUAGCGUCCCACGCAGACGUUCUUAGGGUUUCGUCACGCGUUCCUGCCCCACGCGUACCUGCCCUGCGUGACGAGCCAAAAAAAAAGUUUUUUCCGUUUUCGAAAAAGUACGCGACACACACGCAGCGCGUUCGAAUCGUUUUCUCCCGUCCACACGAAAACGCUAAAACGAUCGAAAUACGAUAGUAUCCCUUACAAGUCAUGCGCUCUUUGGCGUAUGCAAAAACCUCUAUUUUCUUUUCUCCACACCAAAAUCGGUAAACCGUUAUUUUUUUAAAAAACUCCACUCUCAGGACCGUUUUCGAAAACCUGCGUUUUUCGCGUCCGAAAACGCAGUUGUAGAGCUGUGAACAGGACCUAAUUUGCAUUUUUGUUUGGUUUUGAACAAUUUUUUUUAGAAUACAAACUCUCUCUCUGAGAAACUGCUAUGUGAAUGACAUGGGCGCAAAGAUGAUUGGCAGAGCUUUGACUGCUAACAAGUCACUUACAACGUUGAAUCUGUGUUACAACAAAAUCACAUGUGAAGGAGCUGGAUUUAUAGCAAAGGUACUUUUAGAAACAUACCAUCUAAGUGAAGUAAUAGAGUAUCUAGGCGCUGUGUCACAUUUUCUAUCUAAAUUAUAACUAACUGCCACCAAAUGGAGUGAAACAUAAAAGUAACCCCAAAAACGUUGAAAGAAAGUAUUAAUUACACAGCAAAUAUAAAAGUAGGCACGGAUGAACAAACUUGAAGAAGAUUAAAACGGAUUGAAAUUGUGGGUUUUUGAAAAUUGUUAGCCUAACAGUUUUUCGAAGUUCAUUUUUGUUGUUGUAACGUUUGAAUUAAUGCUUGCCUUUCACUCGUCUGAUUCUUGUGGGACGUAAAAGAACCCAUACUCUGUUCGUAAAGGGUAGGGGGCCUAGACCCCGAUGGUGCGGAACAAGCUUUCAUGGGCUGGGUGAGUAAUGAAGGGACGCAAGUCCUGUUUCAUCCCCUGUCACCGUGGUGAAUUCAACAAAGUAAAGUAGUAAAGUAAAGUAAAUUAAACAUUUUUAAGAAAGAGGUUUAUCAUGAAUUUGAGAAGGACGCACUUUAAAAAUUUUGAUCUAAUUCAAAAGUGAUUUCUUGUUUUUUUUUUUCAGGGAUUAAGAAUGAAUAGAACUCUCCUUUCUCUUAACCUUGGAAGUAAUCUUAUCGGUGAUAACGGAGCAUCCAAGUUAGCGGAGGUUAGAAAAUUUUUCUCGUAAAACAAACUGGUAAGCUUUGUGUAGUAGAACGACAAACUCGGCCUGUUAACACAGGUAAAGUGACGUGAUGAGACAAGCAAACCCAAUGUGGUAAAAAAGUAAGCAAUGUCACUCGAAGGCCAGGAAAGUCCAGCUUUCCACACUUAAUGUACAUCCGUCCUUUAUUUUUCAAAAUUUAAGUAUACUCUUUUCUAUAAGAAUGUUGUUUUCCGGCCUAGGCUGAAUAUUCUUAUUUUUGUCCCGAUUUUGGACUUAAAAUAUUUUUGUAUUCUUAAAUUAUAGCUUAUGAUAUUUCCGUUUCAGAAUUGUACUAGCGUAUCAGUUCCAAAUGUUUGGAGUUAAACCUGUUUUGCCUUUUUAAAAAAGGAAUAAUCACUUUUAUACGGCUAGGUUAAAAACAUAUAAUUGGAUUAUAUUUACAGAUUUCUAAUAAACAAAAUUAUGUCCGUUUCAAAAACUCAGCCUUGGGUUUAUUUUUAAAAUAUUCUUAAAAUUACGCAGAUUUCAGCCUCGUUAUUCUUAUGAAAUAUAUUCCUAUAAAAAGUGUGUAAUUGCUCUGUUUCCAAACGUGUCAUACUAACCUUGUGGUUGCUAUCUUUUCUGAUCUUGUCUUUUAGGUGCUUUCCAGCUUUUCUCUUUCCCAUGAAGAAAUAGUAGCAAGGAGACUUCUUAUUUCCAAAAAGAACCCAGAAGAAGUGAGUAUUUUCUCAGCCUUUUCUAAUAUACCACCUGACCAGAGAACAACGGUGGCUCACUGGUCAGGGCACGCGCCAUCCUCUAAUGUGACCUGGGCUCGAAUCCCGGGGGCGACCCACUGAUGUGGGUUGAGUUAGUUGUUCGUUCUCUUCUAUCCUCCUCUAGGCGCUCAGAAUGGUGCAAAAUGGCUGGAGCAGGGAGAAAAAAUGCCUCGCUCCCUACCUCCCACCCCCGUUUCAUUUCUUUGUCUGCUGUCCCGACAAUAUUUUAAGCCUCGCAUACUGGCUAGUUUUCUUCCUUCUUCGGAGACCUUUUUUUAUCAAUUGAUUGAUUGAUUGAUUUUUAUUUUUCCUGGUAUUCGGGUUUCUCCAACAUUACCAAAUGCGAAUUCGAUGAAUUCCGAAAUGGUAGAAAAAGAACCAUUUUGUGCGUUCACUACCAAUAAAUCGUUAUUUACUUGUGUAUCUAUUUAUGAUAUAUUUAUUUUUUACAUAUUAUAAAAGUGACGGUGUUCUUAUCAUUUUCAUUUGUAUGAAGACGAGUCCAUCUAGAAAUUUGAACGCUCCAACUGGAGGAUCAAAAGACAGACCGGCCAGUGUACGCAGUGGGUAAGUUAUAUAAACAACACUAAGCUCUGUUAUAAUUGUUGUUAAUAUAUUUUAUUUCUGAAUUUUUUAAAUACACAUCUUGGACUAACAGUCCUUCCCCAGAAGAAUGACAAUUCCUGGUGGUCUCUACCAAAUUAAUCGGGACAAUUUUUGAAUUAGGACCCUGAUUUGUCCUAGAAUAUAUAUUCUGCAAUGCAUUUUUAUCGGACAAACUGUGCGCGUCAAUUUAAGUAAAAUUGAAUGCCAAACGGUUCACGCGAAAACGUACAUAUUGCCGCGUCCAAGUCGCUGUAAAAUUGAUUGAUUGAUUGAUUGACAAUUCUUUUUUUUAUGUUUGGCUAAAAAUUGCGAAAUGUGGUAGGAAGAAAGCGCUGUCUGCAUUCAUGAGCUGCAAUUUUUGACCAUAACAUUAUUUUGACCAGUGUCGAUGUGCACACCACGAUCAAUACGUGAGGCAAAUAAAUGGAUAAUCAAAUGAAUAUGCACUUUUUGCUUCUAGCACACAUGCUUCCAAAGAAGACAAGAAAAGUAGAGAAAAGAAGGACUCACAGAAAAAGAAGGUAUGUGUAGAACACAAUAAACAAUUUAAUCCAGUUUAUUAACUCUUUAUAUACCGUAAAUCCCCUAUUAAGCCCCCGGGCCGGGGAGGGAGGGGGGACAUAUUUAAUUUAGAAACGACGAUGGUAUCGGUUCUCCAUAAAGAACUAGAAUACAAAGUGAUAAAGCUCAAGUUCAGGCAGUUGGAGGUCAUGCAGCCCAGGAUCAGAAUCAAAUCCGAACUUCUAGUUGGUAAAUAAACCAUCCAGGAUCAGUCCACAAGAAGGGUUACAGUCAUGAUUCAUUAAUACAGUCUAUCAUUUAUUAUUGAAGAAUAAUUAAGGGAGGGUGGGGCGGGGGCUUAAUAGAGAGGGAGGCUUAUUAACCUUCUUGGGGGGGUCUUAUUAGAGGGAGGUUGCUUAUUUGAGACGGGGGGCUUAGUAGAGGAUUUGCGGUAUAUCUUACAAAAAUGUGCACUGCCUGCACCAACCUCGUUCCCAGGUUCCUUUCCUACUCGCCCCCAUCUCUUGCUUCAGGGGCUGAGUAGGAAAGGACCUUGGCAACAAGGUUGUUCAUUUAGUUGGUAAGAGCGACAGUAAGAGCUACAAAGUUAGUCGAGGCACGCAGUGGUUACACACGUAUUAAUAGAAGACGCAUAUUUACAAAACCUAAAUAAAAAGAAGAAAAGAGAAGUGUAUAAGUAUUUGUCUAGACAAUACGUGUACAUGUAUAAGUACAUGUAGGUGGAAUAUGAUCGUCCGGGUGAGUGUCUAGUCCUGAACAGGACUGUAGUGUACAGUGACUGAAAUUUCAGCAACCUGUGCGGUAGUCAUCUUCAAACGGCACAUUCCAUUCCAUUUGCAAAUAGCCUGCGAAUACAGCCGUCUAUCCUCGCCCCUCGCCGUCUUUAGCGGCUAUUUCAUUAACAGAUGUUGCUCCCUUCUUUUUAAAACGUAAUUAUCCUACUUACGCUUUUAAGAUUAACCUUAACAACUAUUUAAGCACCUCUUUUAUUCUACCUACUGACAUACUAGCUUACGAACACAGACGUAUUUCUGGUCGUCGCUUCUCUCCACCACAGAGAAGCGAGAAGCGUUCGCAGGCUACUGACAUACUGGUUUCGUGCUGGUUUCACGUAUUUUUCUUUUUAGCUGGCUCGUCAGACCUCGCGAGCAGCAGUAACAUUUUCAUUGGCAACUAAACUUCUUGUUAGUAGUUGAAUGUGAAUCUAAUUUUAACACUUUUUCAACACACUGGCACACUUAUGAAACAUUAACACUCACAUGUAUGUUAACGUACAAUUUCUCUAGACUGAUGUCUAUACGUUUGUUAAAGAAUUAGUGGAGAGAAUUUGAUAAAGGAUCAAAGUAAUACUUCCCUUAGUAAUCCUGAUACUUUUAUUGAUUCUCAUUGCCUUUUUCUUUUGUUUAAGUAUUGAUGAUGUAAGGAGAAAAUUAAUGUUGGUCACUCUUGGGACGUACAGGGUUAAGUGAACAUUUCUACCAGCAUUAUCUAUUGGCCUCAAGUGUAGACUGCGAGCAGUCGCUCUUUUUCUUCAGAUUUAAUGAAGGCAGUGCACGCGCGCGCGAGCGUCGAGCUGCGAAACCAAGAGACGCGAGAAACGAUGGCGGCGCGCGUGGUUAUUUGCGUCUCUCGUGCGUUUUGCUCGACGGACCAAGAAAAAAGAGAGACUGCUCGCAGUCAAGCCUCAGAUGCGGUGGAUGGUUUUGAUUUCUUACUGUUCAACGGCGAUUAAGUGGCUAUCAUUCAACAUUGGAGAAGGGAUCUGAAAUAUACGUUUUCUAGUUCUACCAGUGUGAACUCGCCCCUCCAAUAAUGUUUGCUUUGUCUUUGCGUUUGGUUCUAAAGAUUCACCCCGGUUUUGAAGUAAACUGAACAAUAUGCGGUUAUGACGUGAGCUUAACAUUUUGUCACCGUAGUGAAAUUCAAAUGGUGACCUUCCCUCCUCAAGGCAACCACCCGCACUAUUUUUUGGGAAUUGAGUCUAGAAAUUUAGCUAAUGGACGACCAGGUUUGGUCUUUUUUCUAAUGAAGAGGCUCAACUUGUUUGAAGUUUUCUUCGUUCAAUGUCUCUAAAUUGGUGCGUACAAAUUUGUUUUUGCUUUUGAAGUACAAUAUUUGCUUUACUCCACUGUUUUGCUUUGUUUUCUAGGACAACAAAAAACAAGAAACAGAAAAAACGAAAAAAGGUAAUACCAAUGGAGCAAGCACUAGAUCAGGGCUUUCAGUAUCCGCUUUGCAUAUUCACAGACUGAUCAGCAAGGAGUCUCUGUUGGCUUGGGUACUGGUUGUGAAUGAUUGAGUGAUACCGAUAUGAAGCUGGUUCAGAUCUGACUCGUUCCCAGUCGUCUUUUGGUCUCCUACUGAUAAGGAGAGAAGCGCGGUCUCAUUCCUAACACCCCUUGCGCUUCCUUCGGUCACACUUCUCGCGUGCCGUCCCCCGCUUAUACAGCCUUCCCCUCCCCUUAAACAAGGCUAGCGAUUCCCGCAUCCAAAUGGAGACACUGGACACGAGUCAGGAUUCAGAUACCAAUUUGAAAAAUGCGUCUCUAAAAUGAAUCGCUUAGACAUCUAUCCAAGAUUUAUAUUGCAGAAUCUGGUAAAAAUUGUUAAAAGGAACACCGACAAAAUCUGAGAGAGUCUUCAACAGAAAAAAUGUCGUAGAACGAGGAGGGCGAGCAUUUUUAUUUUUAUGGGGUUGGGGGAGGGCAAGUGCAUGUCUCAUUACCAGUGAAUUUUUUGUGGACGCGGGGCAAAAUGUUCACUGUGAUUUGUUUGCCAGUUGCUUCGACAGAGGCCGUUAAUAAGAGUGUGGGCAAAGGAAAGAAAGUUAACACUACAAAGGGGGAUAAAAAACUCCAACAACCUGAACAAGAGGUAGGCUCCACCGAACGUUACAUAUUGUCUGUUGAUGCUGAUGCUGAUGAUGAUGAUGAUGAUACGUUUUGUUUCACUGUUUAAUUUCUCGUACUGACUCUUGGAGGUGAACGUGUUAACCACUUUAUUCUCAAGAAUUCUCCGAAAUAUGGUUCAGAAAACUCCGAUUUUCACAUGCUUACAGUACUGUACAACCAGUACUUGCAUUCAAAAAUUCGGCGGGUUUUAGUUGAAAGACUUUAAAGUUUAAUGUACAUUAAAUUUCUUUACUUGCCGUUGUCUGUCAAAAUAUCCACAUUUUCCAUUUACACCGCUUCAUGAGGGAAGUUGCUUUCAGUUGCUGCUGAUGUUACUGCGUUUCGAACAUGGAGCGGAAAUUUACUGCGGACGUUCAGAGGGUGAAUAUCUCUCCGCGGAGAGUUUACGGAGACGAACGAUCGUUGAUCGUAGUAGCGGAAAGUCGAGGAAAGAAGACCCAAAUCUUCAAUGGUUGGCGAGAAUAAGCAAAGUAGCUUUCCCUCUCAUAGUAGCAGGAGCUCUCAUUUAUUUUCAUUCAAGGACACCCGACUAUCGCAAACGGAGUGAGUAAACUCCUUACAAGUAAACGAGCCAUAAAAUGCCUGUUUUGUUUUCUCACAGCAACCAGAAGUUGUGGAGUUUCCUAAUCCGCUGCUAGAAAUUCCUUUGAAAGAAGAAGGUGGUGAAAUUAUUAUUCCUGGAAACAGAGCUCUUAUCAACCUCAAUCUGUCAAGUACGUUUUUUUGUUGUAAACAUUCACAAACUAAUAACAAAAAAUGAAAAAACAAAAAACAUCAUGAAAUCAUUUCAUAAAGUAAAGGUCCCAGUCUAGCGUGAUUUUCUUGGGAAGUGUAAAGUGAAAGAAUAAGAGGCGGUAUAUUGAGAAAGAGUUUGCGAGCCUUAUUGUCCUUACAAAAAACAACGCGAGACCUGGUGAAGGCCUUUUUUGUCUGGUCUGGGGCCCGUUUGCCCGUUUCUGGGGCCUGCAAUCAAAUAUGCAAAUCAAAGCCUAAAGAAAAAUAGCGCAAUCAAUAGCGAACAAACCAGUCCAUUUUGUGAUUAAUUGAUGAUUUUAUCAUGUUGUAUUACUACUGAAACCUACAUUUAGAAUGUAAGCAACAAUAACUUUCCGGCCCGGUACGGCCAAGCCCGGCCCGGCCAAGCCCGGCCCGGCCAUCUGUUAAUUAUCGGGACUUACGAGAAACGGCCCCCUAAGCGAGGUAGCUGAACCCAGCCAUAACUAGCCCAACUAUGACCCAGCGCAAGCGAGUUCAACUGCGUCCCCUCAUUUGGAGUCACUUUAACGACAAACAGCAAACGUGAAAUUGUACCACGUGACCAAAUUUCCCCUUAACUUGUUCUUUUCUGUUCAUCACUUCUACCCCAAAACUAUCUGCUUUACGUUAUUUUUGUCUACAAAAAUUGUUUUGGAUUUUUUUAGCUUCACGUUUUCUAUUUUAAGAAAUUCUCGACUUGAAUCUGAUGUUUGCCGUUUGACGUAACGUCACUCUUAAUCUCUCUAAUAAUUCCGUAUUUGUUUUUGUGAUUUGUUUUUCGUCUUAAGGUGAGACAAAAGUGCAACUGAAAGUAACAUGGAAACUGUGUUUGGUACUUUGUAGGGAAUAAAGUGGAUGUGUCCGGUGUAGAAGCUUUCCUUAUUUCAAUACAAAGGCAGGCAGAAGUUUCUUCAUCAGGCGCUAAACCAACAGGACUCAUGAGAUUUUCACUGAGUGUAAGUAACACCUUUUUAAUGUUUUCGUCCGUGAUAAAAAAUCCUGUGACAUAGCUAGUCUUUUGUAAUCUAAAUUCAAAGGAAGCAAAUGCCAUCGUAUUUACUCGAUUAAACGCCGUCCUAGAUUAAAUGCAUCUUCGAUUAAACGCCGCAGAUGGAAGCAAAAUUGCCAAUAAAGUGCGCCCGCGAAUAAACGCUGCACCCAAUCAGAACAAUGCGGCGUUUAUUCGAGGAUAUGAGAAAAAACUCGGUAUAACUUGGUAAUCUACACGGUCCAAAAAAUCACGAUUCUAUCUCAGCAAAAAAUGCGAGACAUUGGAACGUAAAAAAUUUGUCUCUUUUACUUAAUAUUUUCUACAAAUGAUUUGUCAUGAUUGUUGCCAGAGCGCUUGCUCGCAGUGAUUUUAAAAUACAGUCAACUCUUUCCAAGUCAGUCUUUAGGUCCGGUUCUAAGUGUCCGCCCUAGAGAGAUGUCCGUCUUAUAGAGAGUCAAAUAAAGGGAGUAAAGAAAGGCAGGGAACAACUCUAGGUGUCAAUUUAGAAGAGGUGUCCGUUUGGAGGGAGUCGACUGUGAACAUCGCCCUCGAAUAAACACCGCCCCUGAGUAAACGCCGCAUCGGAAACGCGUAAAAUUUAAUUAACGCAGCGGCGUUUAAUCGAAUGCGCGCGAUAUAGAGUAUUUAGAAAUAGCCUUAGAAAAUAAAUUUUUAUCGAGUGCAACGUGACAGUUAAACUGGUCUAUAUCUGUACAGUAUUCACGCAGGCAGCCUUGGAAUGUCUGGAAGUGUAUUCUCGGGCCUGGGAUUUCUCCAAAAUAUAGGGCGGCAUAUGGGAUUUGAAUGCUACCCGAGAAGCGGGAUUGGGCAAAAUUUGGCACGGAUACGGGUUGGGAAAGAAAAAGGUAUUCGAAAUAGCACUUGAGAAAAGUUCGGGAUGCGGGAUUCUCGUGAAAAAAAAGAGCGGGAAUGCGGGAUCAGGAUCCCCCUUUUCAGACGCUAGCCUUGGCCAGCAUUUUAGAGGCUGGUCCUGGAGGAGAAGGCCCACCCACCUUCUUGAGGCCGAAUUGAACUUUUUAGCUUGUAUGCUUUGUUUUCUCAAUUCAGACCAUGUGAUGCUGUCCAGGGAAUUUGCCUUUUGUCUUUUCAUAAGAUAUGCGUUUAUAUGCGGGUGGAAAUAGUUCUCUGUGGUACUAUCACGUGAUCUGAAAUGGGAAAACAAAACCUACAAGUUAAAAAGUUCCAUUUAAUCAAGCGAUGCAUUUUUUCUCUUGCCUUGCAGAGGAACCUCUUUCCACCAGACAAUCCUCUGUACCAGCGGUUAACGGAUCUAAUGCAGACACGUGACCCAUUUUACAAGCCACCACAACCAAGCCCUGUAGACGAGACUGGGGCCUCUACAAAGGUCUCUCCUACAUUAUUAACAUUUCUACUUGUAGAGACUGCUCCUUAA